GGGGUGGGAGAGGACCCGGGCUUGGGGCUCCUGCAGCAGCCUCGUCGUCUCCAGCGGUGCGCUUGCUCUGCCUGGAGCGGCUGGGUGGCUGGGGGCGCCCGGCGCCUCCCUUGGCCGGUGCUGCGGGGGCGGCUGGACUCCUGGGCGGCGGAAUGGCGUGGUGGUUUCCGGGAGCAGCCGCUUUGGGCAGAGUCUCCUGCUGCUGCUGCUGCUGCUGCGGGGAAAGCGGCCGCUCAAUCAGUCUCUCCGGGGCAUGGGUGAAAGGGGGCCCCCUGAGCACGUGCAGAGUGCAUUUCCCUGCUGCUGCAACAGCAGCUCAUGGCGGGAGGAGGACUCGGGGGCCUUCCAAUCCGGGCAGCUUUCAUCCUCUCGUGCGUGCAGGCGGGGCGGGGAGUCCGGCUCGUCGAGGCGGGCUCCAUCGGCGGCCCCGCCUCUGCCUCCUCCUCGCUCCUCCCCGAGGCUGGGGCGCCGCUUCGGAUUGCGGAGGGCGGAGGCGGAGGCAGGCAGGCUUCUACUUCGAUCAUGGACGCGGCGGCGGCGGAGGAAAGGGACGCCCCGGCCUGGGAGGGCUGCCGGCCCCGAGGGCGCCUGGACAUGAGCCACGGCUUCGUGCGCCACAUCCGGCGCAACCAGAUCGCCAGGGACGACUAUGACAAGGAGAUGAAGCAGGCUAAGGAAAAGGUGAAGAAGAGGCACACACCAGCUCCAUCCCGGCCCAGGAAACCAGAUCAGCAAGUGUACCAUCCCCGCCAGAGAAACAGAACCGAAACGACAUCUGGCAUGGAGUAUGAGGGGUCCAGUGAGAGUAGCUCCAGCACUGAACCAGACCCUUCUGGACCGGCUCUCUUCUGCCUGGAGUAUGAGUCUGACAGUGGCCAGAUCACCUCAGUGGUUGUGCACCAGGACAAUGACCCUGACGACGUAGCAGCAAAGGUCAGUGCCCAGAACCAGCUGGAGCCCGCGAUGCGUGAAGCCCUGAGGCAGCGGGUGCAAGAGGAAUUGGAGAAACGGCGGGUGAAGCGCUGAGGGCUCAACUGAGAUGUCUGUGCUGUUUGCCUCGCUGGGAAAUCCUUUCUGGGAAAGAGGGCAGGGGAACUUGUCCUUUAGCUGUUGGCUUGGAAGCUUCAAGAAGGUCAGGGAACUAGCAGAACCCAUUAUAGGUACAAGGUAGAAUUAGGGACACCGCUGCUGGUACCCCAAAUGAGUUAUUUGAAGGAGCAGCAGUGGCCGCAGGAAGAGAAUCUCGACAGUUGGGAACGGGCUGGGGUCUCUUUCAGAAAGCUGCACAGUCAGAAAGUGCCCAGUUGGAACCUGGUCAGAUGGCUCCUUAUAGCCCUGGGCAAUGGACUCAUCAUUUACUCCUGUAUUCUUGGUAGCCCACCACACCCUUCCCACUUUUGUGAAUAACCAAGGCAGCCGUUUCACAUUGUUGCUCAAUGUAGCGUUCCUGCAGAUGAAAGAUGCUUGAACCCAUCCGGCAGCUGUCGGGUAAGUGCUUGGCCACUUUCCUCCAUUUGCCUUGGCAAUGACCGGCAGGAGCGUCCUUGGAUGAACAGUUUCACAACUAGGCUUUCCUCGGAUGGACAUAUAUGAUGGGAGCAUUCUGACAGUGGGGAGGCAGGCUACAAAGAGGAGGGGAGGGCCAGCUGCUGGGCUUUUAGGGGCUGUUGGUGGCAGUGAGCCUUGUGAAGUGCACCUCAUCCCUACUGGAGAGGCAUCUCCUAAUGGCAUUGACUUUUAACACCUGCAGCCCUGUUCACCACUAGGGACAUUAGGGGUAGAGAUUGUGAGCAGCAAGGGAGUCCCCUCUCUGAAGAGGCUUUCUCUACUCUACUUCCCCUUUGUUAGGCUGAUAGUCUCAGGUUCCAUUCUCUCACCUGGGGAGAGACUUCCUUCUUCUCCCUUACCCUCUUCCUCUGUGUAGCUAGCAGCAAGGCAUGUAGGCCUUAUCUAUCUCCCUGAUGGAUGGAUUUCCUAAACAAACUACUUUAUUUAGAACUUUAAGUCUCCAGACACUGUUAAUUAGCAGUGCUCUCCUUACCUGUGCACUUCGGCUGCAGCUAGGUAGAUAAAGAAAUCUCCCCUCCAAGCUCUCCAACAGUCCAGGCUCACAUUUGUCUCACACAUACUUCUUUCUGCAGCAUCCAGUUUCCAGAUCUGCUGUUAGGACUUUUUUUCUGCAAUGCAAGGCUGCAUACUUUGACUUCUAGCUGGCAUUCAUGGGAUAUAAAGCAGGUGACUGGGCUUUGUCUGGCUUUCAGACGGUUGCUCUUGAGGCUGGGGAUGCGAUUGUGUUGUAUUGUUCUCAUCAAUAACUUCUCAAACACAUGCCACAUGAUUGUAAAUAAAUACACACAACUUGC